AUUCGUUCGCGGGCGAGCGUCUAUGCUUCGGCGGGCGGUGACAGUCGAGGCUUCCCCGGCGCCCCCAGUCCAGUCGGUGCUUGUCGAGCGAGGGAGGCAGCGAGUCGAUAUCGGGAGCGAGAGUCGAGGUCGAAUACUGUAAUUGCAGCGCACGCGAGGGAGCGAGCAAUCUGUCGGGGGUGGAAAAUCCCUGCAAGCGCUCUUGCGCCUAGACAUACAUUCUGUGGUUCAGAAUGUAUGUCCAGGUCAGGCCGAGCUUGACGCCGAAUUCUUGCCAUGGGUCCAGCCCCGUCUUCGCCUCUGCUGCCAGGCCAGCGAUUUGCGGCUCCGUCGGCCCGGCUGCAAGAUGUUGUGCUCUGCCAGCCUUACACGGGAAAGUGAGCUCACUUCUUUCACCGUAUCUGGGGCGAAGUGGCACCUUGCAGCAUGACUGCAAGCGGGCGGAAUGGCAGCGUGCGAAGAAGAGCGCGAAGGGAACGCGGAUUUUUGCGUCCAUGAUACCGAUGGACUCCGCUCGCAUUAAAGUUAUCGGUGUGGGUGGUGGCGGCAACAAUGCUAUCAACCGUAUGAUUGGAAGCGGGCUUCAGGGUGUGGAAUUUUGGGCAAUCAAUACCGAUGCGCAGGCUUUGCUUCAGUCUGCCGCUACACACCGUGUCCAAAUAGGAGAAACUUUGACACGUGGUUUAGGUACUGGUGGAAACCCAGAGCUGGGUGAGAAAGCAGCUGAAGAAUCUUUGGAAGCCAUUGCGGAAGCCGUGUCAGAUGCGGACCUUGUAUUUAUCACAGCUGGUAUGGGAGGAGGUACAGGAUCUGGUGCUGCCCCCGUUGUUGCGCGAUUGGCUAAGGAGGGAGGGCAACUCACAGUCGGAGUGGUCACUUAUCCUUUCACCUUCGAAGGCCGUCGAAGGGCACAGCAGGGUUUGGAGGCAAUUGAGCAGCUGCGCAAGAACGUGGAUACCCUCAUUGUAAUUCCGAAUGACAGACUUCUCGAUGUAGUGCAAGAGGCAACACCCUUACAAGAAGCCUUCCUUCUGGCAGAUGACGUGCUCAGGCAGGGUGUGCAAGGAAUCUCAGAUAUAAUUACAAUUCCUGGGUUGGUGAAUGUCGAUUUUGCAGAUGUGAAAGCCGUCAUGAGCAAUUCUGGUACCGCGAUGUUGGGUGUGGGCAUGUCCACUGGUAAAAACCGUGCAGAGGAAGCUGCACAGCAAGCCACGUCCGCUCCUCUUAUCGAGCGAUCUAUCGAAAGAGCAACUGGAGUCGUCUAUAACAUCACUGGUGGAAAAGAUCUUACACUCCAAGAAGUUAACAGAGUCUCUCAGGUUGUCACAGGGCUCGCAGAUCCAGCUGCGAACAUAAUUUUUGGAGCUGUGGUGGAUGAGAAGUACACAGGGGCAGUGCACGUCACUAUCAUAGCUACAGGAUUUUCACAAACUUUCCAGAAAACAUUAAUAGAUCCAAAGGUGGCACGUCAAGAGCAACAAGAUUCGCCGAAAGGUGUCGAUUCCCCUUGGAAAAGACCUGCACCUGUUUCUUCACGAUUCCCCCAGGGUCUGGGAAGCAAAGGUUUUUUGUAGUCUUUUAAGCUUCUUGUAUUGAACCUCUUCUGAGACAGGAUGUGUAGGUUUGCUUCUAUUCCCUGCUUUAAGGAUCGUGCACCGUCUUCUGUGAGGCAGGUAUAGUUUCUGUCAAAAAUUGAAAUGGAAAGUUGUGGACAAUAGGUCAUUUAUUACGGUGCCAGUUAUUCAUCACCAAGCAGUAGGACGUAAGUCCUACUGGUGACGUUAGCAGUUGCACGCCUCAAGUUUGAGUUUUUGCCAGAAAGUUAUGCAUGUCUCAUGAGAUGUUUAUUUUCUGGCUGUCACUGUACAUCGAGUGUAUUGUAGUGUGUCAUCGGCUCAGUAUUUAUCUACUUCUCCUGAAGCAGACCAAGCUCUGAACAAAGUUAAUCGAAUCUCAGAUCCCAGUUACUCAAUUGAU